ACAGUAAAGGUUCAGGAUACGUGCAGGUAGAUAAGGAGUCGAGCCACGCGAGGGUCAGAGCGCAUUUGUGAGCGAACUCACCUUCCCUCCUCUUUCUCUCCUCCCCUCUCUUUUCUUUCCCUUUCCUCUUCUGACUGAGGCGCAAACAGUCUCCGCUCGCUUUUCUCUCUCUCUCUCUCUCUCUCUCUCUCUCUCUCUCUCUCUCUCUCUCUCUUUCUACGGAGGCAGUUUGCGAUUCCUGCUCUUCAUGCCAGAGCCUGCAGCUGUCUCGGUUGCGUCCCACCGCCACUGGUGUGGGAAAGCUUCGCAACGCAUGGAGGAACCGACAGCAGAUUUAAUUUUUUCCCCCCACCUAUAGAAACCCAGAGGAUUUUUUUUUUUUUUUUUGUAACUUUCUAAACUAUUUCCUGCGUCGUAAGGAGACCGAAUGAAGGGAUUUGUCAGCUGAGGCGCCCCGUCCGCGAUAUGACGGAAAUCUUCUUUUUUGCUGCAAUUGUGAAGGACACUGUAUAGGAAUGUGGAAUAUAAGUCUCUCUCAACGGACAAGCUCCCGCCCCUGAAACCAUGACCACGGAGUUGAACCUGACCUCCUUCCUGAAUGAAACCUCCCAAAGAGGAUGCAACCUCACCAAGACAGGUUUCCAGUUCUACUACCUGCCCACUGUUUACAUCAUGGUUUUCCUCACCGGGCUGGUGGGCAACAGCCUGGCCAUCUGGAUGUUCGUGUGCCACAUGAGACCCUGGAGCAGCAUCUCCGUCUACAUGUUCAACCUGGCCCUGGCUGACUUUUGCUACGUCCUCUCUCUGCCUUUCCUCAUCUUCUACUACUUCAACAAGACCAACUGGAUAUUCGGGGACGUCUUGUGUCGCCUCCAGCGCUUUAUAUUCCACGUGAACCUCUAUGGAAGUAUUCUGUUUCUCACCUGCAUCAGUGUUCACAGGUACACCGGCGUGGUGCACCCGCUCAAGUCUCUGGGCAGACUGAAAAAGAAGAACGCCGUCAUCACCAGCGCUCUGGUGUGGUUGAUAGUUGUCAUUAGUAUGUCCCCGAUUCUUUAUUAUUCCAGGACAGGUCUGAAGCGUAACGCGACCACUUGCUACGACACGACCACGGAGGACGAGCUGCCGGGUUAUUUCAUUUACAGCAUGACUUUGACUGUGUUCGGGUUCUGCGUCCCGUUCAUCAUCAUAUUCUGCUGCUACGGCAUGAUUGUCAAGGCGUUGAUCUACAACGACAUGAACAACGCGCCCCUCAGGCAGAAAUCCAUCCACCUGGUCAUCAUCGUGCUUGCGGUCUUCGCCGUCUCCUACCUGCCGUUCCACGUCAUGAAAAACCUCAACAUGCGGGCGAGGCUGUACUUCCAGAGCCCCGACAUGUGCGAGUUCAACAACCGCGUCUACGCCACGUACCAGGUGACGCGGGGCCUCGCCAGCCUCAACAGCUGCGUGGAUCCCAUCCUUUACUUCCUGGCCGGGGAUACGUUCAGGAGGAAGCUGUCCCGGGCCACCAAGAAAACCUCUAGGAAGGGGGACACCGUCCUUCAGUCCAAGAGCGACGAGACGGCUCUCAACAGCCUGGCCGAGUACGUGGAGAACGGGAACCGCAGGAACUAACCAAGGUGUCCUUUUAGUUCCCGAAACAGAUGGACUAGGAGUAAAGAAAUGCACUGUGUGGACUAAAGAUGAUGUAAAAAUGUAUCAAAUGAUGGUUAACUACUCCACACGCUGUGUUGACCGUCGCUUGUCAACAUUGAUAAGCUAUCGUACUGUACUGCCUUGUAUUGUGUCGUACUCAAAAUACUAGAGCCAUUACUUUGUUUUCCGCCAUGUAGCUUGUGUUGCUUACACUUCGGACUAAAUGAGCGCCGUGAAGAGCCUGGCUGAGGGGAAACAGAUUGUCGGACAGGCAAUAAUCCAUUGUCCAUCAAUAUCUUCGGCUGCGUUCGGCUUAACGUGAACUGUAUUUUCUCAAGCCACUUGCUGAUGUUUAAUCAAUACCUAUUUAGCAGGGUGAGAGAGUGCGCCUGAGGCGUCGUAGGCGGUUUGAAUGGCUUUUAGACGGGAACAUGAAUGCACUGAGCCUGUGAUUGCUGAGGAGCUGUGCACAGCAGACAUUGCAAUGCAUCAUGAGCUGAGACUAUCUGCUCUUUACCCGUUAAUCUUCAGGGGGUGGGGGGCUAUUUUUUUCACCCAGUAUAUGGGUGAAACAUCCAGUAGAUGUUGGAGGACAGUGUGUGGUUUUCUCUGAGGUCAAAGUCUACAAAGGCUCUUUUUACCAAGCAUUUUUCCCUUCCAACUUCUGUCACAGAAAACAAGGGUAAUAGUUGCAGUAUUUAUGUGCAUCUGAGGCUACAGUUGUUUUUUCCCCCUUCUAGGUGUACUGUACAGGAUGUUGUGACUAUUAAGAUUAGUUUACUUCAUCAUGUGUAUGUUUUUUGGGUUGUUUUUUUUUACUAAUUUGGAGCUUUUCUAAUGCACAAGUCCAGGCUGAAAGCAGUCCAGCAGGGUGAAAGCGUGAAAGAGUGACUCACCUGAGCAUGUUCUAACUACCCUUGCAUUCGUUGCAACAUAGAAAAUCUUAGUCACAAUUCCUCGCUCGCGUUACAGCUCCAUCAACAUGUUGAAGAUCAAUUUGUAUGAGAUACCUCAAAAGUGAAUUGUGCACUGUGUCUGUGUUUGGCAGAUAGUCUUUUAGUUGUUUCUUUUAUUUGUUUCAUAUCGGUUGUAAGCCUUCUUGAGAAAUGAUUGUGAAAACUCUCUCUGUGUGUGUUUUGUGUAGAUGUUUGACGUUCGAAGCUUACUAAUUCCUGUGCCAUGGCCUGUUUUCAGUAUCAAAAAAGGAAGUAAAUCUGCUGUGCAAGACAUUUCUUGGCCACAU